AUCAGUACUUCCGUCUUAUUUUCCGACAUGCAACAUGGCUGAUUCCUUUGGAGGCGAUUAUUCAAACUAUGGUGGAAAACGAGGAUAUGAUAAUGACUAUAAUCAAAGGAGUUAUGGUGGUGGCCGAUCUGGAGGCAACAGUUAUGGUGGAGGACGUGAUCGUGGACGCAAGCCUCUGCCUACAGAGCCCCCGUACACAUGCUAUGUAGGAAAUCUCCCAUUUGGCAUUGUACAGGGUGAUCUUGAAAUUAUUUUUCAGGACCUAAAGGUCAAAAGUGUGCGUCUCGUCCGAGACAAAGAAACAGACACAUUUAAAGGAUUUGCCUAUGUGGAGUUUGAGGAUAUUGAGUCGCUGAAGGAAGCAUUAACAUACGAUUCUGCUCUAUUUGAGGAUAAAAAUUUACGAGUAGAUGUGGCUGAGUCCCGACAGAAUGACAGACGUGGAGGGUUCCGUGGUGGCCGAGGGGGAGGCCGCGGAGGAGGCGGACAGGAUGGUGGCUUCCGCGGUCAUGGUGAUAGAGGAGGGGAUAGAGGAGGUGGCCGUGGUGGUUACCGCGGAGGUGGUGGUGGUUACCAAGGUGAUGGAGGAGACCGGUAUAACGACCGUCCAAGGGGAGACCGAGGGGGAUACAAUCGCUCUGACGAUGGCCCACCUAGAAGGAGACAGAACAGUGGAGGGCAGGCUGAUCCUGAGUUGAGGGAAGCUUCCCCAGAAUCGGCAGCAGCCAGGCCCAGACUAAAACUGGCCCCACGAACUGUUAAGGCGCCAAUAGCAGGUGCAGCAGUUGUGUCACGCAACUCAAGCAUUUUCGGCACAGGCAAGGCCAGAGAAGAAAGUGCUCCUGAUGAAAAUCGAUCGCGAACCACUAGUGAAAACAGCAACAUGUAGAAAGGAAGGCUAACACAUGUACAUAGAGCUAAUAAAUGUAUGUAAAGUUGCUGUCAUAAAAGGGAAAGUUUCCUUGUCUCAUGUAAGUGCUAACCAUAGACAAGGCCACUCUGUUUUUUAUUGGUCGUCUGUGGGUCAUGUGACUGACUCUUGUUUUGAAAUUGACAUCAUCACACAUUUAUGUGUAAAGACAUUAUUGAUUGAAAUGCUGUAGAAACCUCUGUACAUAUGAAUGCCAUUUGCAAAUGUUUAUGUCCAUGGCAUUUUAAACUGUUCUGUUAUCUGAACAUGAAAUAGGUAUACCACUGACAACAGUUCCUUCGAUUGAGUAUUACAAAUCAGAUGCCAAAAUUUGAUUCUUAAUUUGAUUAAUUUGCAACAAAUUAAAAAUGUUAAAAAAUCAUGGUUUUAUUUUUUGAAAUUAGUUUUAAAAACUAAGCAGGUAUAUCAUGUCAAUAUGAAAUGUUAAGUGUUAUGCUUCUUUUUAAAAAGAAUUUACAAAUAUUUAUUUUUUGUGAACCUAAGACUAAUUUUGAUGCAGUGCUGUAAACAUGAAGAGGUUAAACACCAAUGUUUUACGACAGCUGAGUUUAUGUACAAUUGUUUACAGACCUACCAUUUUAUGCUUGUUUGUAGUUCACCUAUCAUACCUCAUCUUGGAUUAGGUUCUCCCACCUCAAUAUACCGGUUUGUGUACCAUUGGUAUGGAGUGACUACAUGUUUGUACCCGAGUCAGGUCUUACUUCAAAUCUUACAUUUGUUUGGGCAUACAGAAUAUUUUGCAUUAGUAUUUCUGUCUUAUUGGCACUGAAGUGUAAUUUAGAUAUUUCAUUUGCCACAAACAAAGAAAUUAAGUUAUUAAUUGUAAAAUCUCAUUUGUACAAGUAGCUUAGCCCUUUCACCCCUUGGUAACUUGAGUAGACUCUUCCAUACAUUCAUCUGGAUGAGUCUAUAAUGGGCUACAGUGGUGAAAAGGUUAGACAACUAGAGUAGCAUGCUUUGCCACAAUACAUGUUUAUGUAUCAGUGCUUCUGAAGAAUUAUACCUUCAGAAUUUGUAUAAUAUAAGCCUUUCACCCCUAUAUAACUUAAGCAGACUCCACCAUGCAUUGAUAUUGAUGAGUCCCUUAUGGUCUACAGUGGUGAAAGGGUUAAAGCAGAUCUAGAAGGGUGUGUGACUCACCAUGUUAGUUUUAGUCACUUUCUCCAGGAUUGUUUGAACACCUUCAUGAUUUAGAAUCAGUCUGGCAGAUGUGGACAUGGUGAUUUUAUGUCCAUUUUUCAGAAAGUGAUCGAAAGUUCUCAAGACAUGAAGCAGGCAUUAAUCAUGUGUUUGAUUGCUAUUUGUUGCUUGUAAUUGAUGUGUGCUUGUUUGUGUGGUAUAAGUCUUAUUAUUUCUCAGCAGAGACUGCCAGCCAUUGACCCAUUCCUUGUAGUCACUAGCAAUUUUGUAUCCCGAGUCUCAACUCCAACACAAGUGGGGCACCUGUAGUGACUGCAUUUACUAUAUGCUGUAGGUAAUUUGAAUGAAAAGUUGCCUUUGUGCAAUCUGAAGGUAUUCGAGGAAUGUUUCUGGUGAAGGAAGAAAAUCGAUCAGAUUCAGACACUGUAAGUUUGAAGUGCUAGUGUUCACAGCAAUCACUCUAUUUAAAAUAAUAUCAAACUUUUGUUGAAUAGUUCAAACUAUUUAAUUUGUAAAACUGUGUGACCUUAUAAUACACAUCCAUAAGGUCUUGUAUACUUGAUAUAUGUCUUGUUAUUCUUUCAUUACUGUAAAAAAAAACUAUUGGAAAUUGUAUUAAAAUUUAGCAAAAUGUUGAUUUUGUUUGUUACAGUAAAAUAAAAAUUAAGCUAAUUUUUCAGAUAAACAUAUCCAGAUUGUAUACUUUGUGAGCCUACUAGUAGACCAGGUUAUUGGAACGAGAAAUGGUGGGUUUUAUAUUUUUCCCCUGGAGUAAAACUGCAUAAUGAUCUGAAAAUGUUUUAAGAUCUUACAAAUGAACACUGCAAUGAAAAAAGUGUUUCAUUGUGUUGAACUUUCUGUUGACGGAUUUGAAUAUGUUUCUAGAAAUGGUUAGCACAAUACUGUUUUAUGCUUGACACACGAUUUACUAUAUCUGAUUGUUGACAAAGUGAUGUGGUAUUUGAUAAACUGUGAAAUCUGAAAUUUUCCUGGGGCCCAAAUUUCGUGGCCUGAUAGAACACCCUUCAUUUAUUGGGUACAUGAAUUUGUUGAUUAAGAGUAUCCACUCAAACGCAGAAUUGCUUUUUAUCAAUCUUGUAAUUACUUCGUGGUUGAAGAUUAUCUAUGAAAUCAAUGAAUUUAAAAACCCCAUGGAAAUUGGUGAUUCCACAGUAUUCAUAUAUAGAAAUGAUACCUAAUGGUGAAGAAUUGGAGGUCAGAAUGAAGGAAGUCGAGGUUUUGACCUUGAAUCUUACACCUGAGAUUCCACAUCGGUAUGUGCCUUGCAUAAGUAAAGAUAGGAGAGAAGUAUAACUUCACUUUUUUCAUUUAUUACAUUGUGGAAGUACUAUUGUAAAGUAACAAAAAAUCUUCAAAGUUUUUAGAGAGAUUUGGAUUGCUAGACUUUCUAGACCAGACCCACUUACUUCAUCAUCAGCUUGAUCUAGCCCAACUUGAUUCAGCUGAAUGACCCUCCUAAGAAAUUCCUUGGUAGCUUAGUAAAUAAUCUUUUUAUCUAAUUCAUUGUAAAUGAUUUUGAUGAAUACAGAAGUUGGAGAAAAUACAGCUGCUGUAAUACAGGUGCUCAUUUUGGUGGUGUCAAAAUUUUGCUAAAAGAAGUUCAAAUAACAAUAAAUUCACCUCGGCUUAAAUUGAAACCAUCGAAAAUAAUUUACAAUAAAUGAUUCCCUCAUUAUAGAACACUUUGACGAAACUGUUUUCUACCAUGGGGAAAUUAGAUGCAAGACUCCUUAAUUGUGAUACAGAAUCAAAAUAUUUGUCUGUUUUGACUGCUGAAUAUAAUAAUUAAAUCUGCAAUGCUGUUUUGUUGUGGUGUUGUCAUCAAAAGGAUUAAUAAAUCAAAAUGUAACGAAAAAAUAAUUUUGACAAAUGAUGCACUCGUUGCCAGGCCUACCCCUGUGAAGGGUGGAACUUUAAGUAGUUAAUGAUAUGUAGCGACAUAGGACUGCCUCAGUGUCGAAACCUUUGGUCUGAUAAUAACAAUUUUAUGUAUGUGGUGUCUGUGUGGUGUCUUGAUUCAUGAUAUAUAUCUGGUUUGAUUUAUUAUUCCUUAAACUCAUUUUUCUUCUUGUAAAAUUAUAUUUUCAUCACGUACUGGAAACCUUUCUCUUCAAUUAUUUUUAGCUUACACAAUGUAGACCUAAAAACAAGAUCAACAUCAAUUUGUGACUUUAUUAUGAAUUUUCAGAAAGGAAUUAUUUGUUAAAAAGUUGGUCCUAGUAUUUUCUGUAUUUAUCCCAUGAUUUUGCUAUGAUACAGAUUGUGGCUGUAAACUGUUCACAUUGGUGGGAAACCAUGCUUGGUUGUGUAUUGUGUACAUGAUUUAACCGAGUGUGACGUUUCCAGCUUAUUUAAUUGAAAUGGGCAAUCUCAUUGAGCAGCUGGAAGAAGCCUUCCUUCAGUAGAUUGUAUAGCACAAGUAAGUGUAUUACUACAGGCCAGUCUCAAUGUAUUGAUGUGUUCAAAUGUACAAUGAAGAACACUUUCACUCUAGCUGAAAAUGCUUUUAAAUGUAAUAUUUUUUGAAUGUUUUUCAGCAAAUUUGAUGCAUUGGACGAUAUUUGUAUUCCUGACAACUGACUUGAUGUUCAUGGUAUAAGGUUAUUUGACAAGUCGUGGGCUUUGGAUGGAAAAGCUGUACAAUUGAGAGGAAAAUAAAUAUGUAAAUGUAAUAUAUCUGUGUCUGUUGUGUCUCAUGGCCAUUUGUGUCUCCAGUCUGAAUGUACAUGCUUACAUGUCAAACUUUAAGUUGUCUCCCUUUAAUUGCAUUUUGGACACUUGCAGUGAACAAGAUUGAGGAAAAGAACCAGAGGGCUUGCUAUAAACUAUAAACUCUUUUGCAGUU